CUUCCAUUAUCUUCUCUCUCUCACAUUAUGUUUCUCCGUCUAAAUUGAAAUUAUUCCGUGAAAUUUGGGAAUAAAAAAGAUAAGAUAAGGUAUGGCUCGCACUUUAAGGAAUAUAUGUUAAUCGGCGUGCGGCUUUCUCUUUGCCUCCUAUUUUUAUUCCAUUUCUUGUUUUUACAGUGAUUUCAGCUGAUUUCUGAGUUUUUAAUCCUCCAUCGAUUCUCUGUCAGCAAAAAGUCAUUUUCAGGAUUGUUUUUCUUUGUUUUGUCUUAUCCAACUUUUAUGAUUUUUUUUUGUUGGGGGAAUUUGGGCAAGUUGUUUCUUUCUUUUUAUAAUAAAAACGCGUUCAGAAAAACUGAUAUAAUUAAUUAAAGGUAUUUUGUCAUUAUUUAAAAUGUGUGUUAAAUUUUGAGUAAUCGCGAAAGCUGAAAUGAGCUGUUUGUCUCUACCCGAUUCAUAUACUUAUAUAAUUGCGUGUGCCCGUGCUUUUGAGUUGCCAGACAUCCAUUGAUCUUCAUUGCAGCUUCGUGGAUUUACUUUCUCUUUCUCUUUGUUCCAAAGAUUAAUCGAAAGUGAGAAAAACAAAAAUCAUGUUGGAGAAAGAGUUUUUCACGGAGUAUGGUGAAGCAAGCCAAUAUCAGAUCCAGGAAGUGGUUGGGAAAGGAAGCUAUGGAGUUGUUGCUUCAGCGGAAUGUCCACACACGGGAGGGAAAGUAGCGAUCAAGAAGAUGACCAAUGUCUUUGAACACGUCUCAGAUGCGAUCCGGAUCCUCAGAGAGAUAAAGCUCCUCAGGCUUCUUCGACAUCCGGACAUCGUAGAGAUUAAGCAUAUAAUGCUGCCUCCUUGUCGCAAGGAGUUCAAAGAUAUAUAUGUAGUUUUUGAGUUGAUGGAGUCAGAUCUUCACCAUGUCUUAAAGGUAAAUGACGACCUCACUCCUCAGCAUCAUCAAUUCUUCUUGUACCAACUUCUUCGUGGCUUAAAAUUCAUGCACUCAGCGCAUGUUUUCCAUAGAGAUCUGAAGCCUAAGAACAUCCUCGCUAAUGCUGAUUGCAAGAUCAAGAUCUGUGAUCUAGGACUUGCUCGUGUCUCCUUCACUGAUGCCCCUUCUGCCGUUUUCUGGACUGACUACGUUGCUACAAGAUGGUACCGUGCUCCAGAGCUCUGUGGUUCCUUCUACUCCAACUACACGCCGGCGAUUGACAUGUGGAGCGUUGGCUGCAUAUUUGCCGAGAUGCUAACGGGAAAACCUUUGUUUCCGGGCAAAAACGUUGUGCACCAGCUAGAACUCGUGACGGAUCUGCUGGGGACUCCGUCGCCGAUAACUCUAUCCAGGAUACGGAAUGAGAAGGCUAGAAAGUAUUUGAGUAACAUGAGGCGAAAGGAUCCUGUUCCUUUCACCCAUAAAUUCCCCAAUAUCGAUCCUGUGGCGCUGAAGUUGCUUCAGCGUUUGAUUGCUUUUGACCCUAAGGACCGUCCCUCUGCAGAAGAGGCAUUAGCUGAUCCAUAUUUUCAAGGAUUGGCGAAUGUGGACUAUGAACCUUCGAGGCAACCUAUCUCGAAGCUCGAGUUUGAGUUUGAAAGGAGGAAACUGACUCGGGAUGAUGUGAGGGAGCUCAUGUAUAGAGAGAUUUUAGAGUACCAUCCACAGAUGUUGCAAGAGUAUCUACAAGGAGAAGAGAACGUCAACUCCCAUUUUCUAUACCCGAGCGGAGUUGAUCAGUUCAAACAAGAGUUUGCCAGGCUCGAAGAACACAACGACGAUGAAGAGGAACGUAACUCCCCACCAAUGCAGAGAAAGUACACUUCACUCCCAAGAGAACGGGUGUGCUCAUCAGAGGACGAAGGUGCAGAUUCGGUUCACGCACAAUCGUCUUCCUCUUCGGUGGUGUUUACACCUCCACAGACUCCAAAUGCAGCGAGUGUAUCAUCACAGAAGACAACACAAGUAGACAAAACAGCAGCAACUCCGGUUAAACGGUCAGCUUGUCUAGUGAGGAGUGAUAGUAUCUGUGCUUCAAGAUGUGUCGGCGUCUCCUCUGCAGUCUCAUAGUCUCAAACAAACAAAAAAAUGAUUCUCAAGUUGUUUAGCAGCAAACCAUUGAUUGUUCUGCGUAUUGUAUCAUGUCUCCCUUGAGUUUUUUUCACUCAACUCUCUUCUUCACUGCUCUUGCUCUGGUCAUGUUGUGUGUAUUGUGUAAUGGUUUCUCUUGGAACUUGAAUUCAUAUAUAUUUAUCUCUUUAGAACCAUAUUUACAAUCUAUCUUUUUCGUCUGCGUCUGAUUCUGAAUACAAUCUGAAUUUUCUGAAUCAAUUUACAAAUGAAGCACCAAUACAAA